AUGGGAUAGUCAACGAGUUCAUGAAGUUUGGGGGGAAGGGGAUGAUCCAGCUGAUGGUACUGCUAUACAAUUGGGUGUGGAAAAACGAGUAUACGCCAAGUAGAUGGAGGGAAGGAGUGGUUGUGAACUUGUUUAAGAAAGGAGACAAGACUGACCCAGGAAACUACAGGGGGAUCACACUGUUGAACACAGUAGGAAAAGUGUUCUGUAAGCUGCUGAACGAUAGGAUAGUGGGAGUAUUGGAGAAGGAACAUAGCAUUAGUGAGGGCCAGGCAGGUUUCCGCAAGAAGAGGGGGUGCGUAGACCACGUGUUCACGGUAGGGAGAAUCAUCCAAGAUAGAAAGAGGGCGGGAAAGCCGACGUGUUAUGAGGUUCUGUCUCAGCCAGGGAGAAUCAUCCAAGGUAGAAAGAGGGCGGGAAAGCCGACGUACUGCUUCUUCCUGGACGUGAAAAAGGCAUACGACACCGUAUGGAGAAAUGGGUUGUGGAAACAGCUGUCCAAGUACGGGAUCAAGGGGAAAAUGUGGAGAGCGCUGAAUGAAGAAGAUGACCAGAGUGGGGUCCCACAAGGUUGCACGCUGUCCCCAACAUUGUUCCAGGUGUUCAUCAACGAUCUGUUGGAAGUCGUAGAGGCAGUCCGGAAGGGAGUAAAAGUAGGGGACACGGAAACGUCGGUUUCAGGAAUGCUGUUUGCGGAUGAUUUUGUCGGUAUGUCGGACACCCCUGAGGGACUGCAACUGCAAAUUGACGCGGCGAAGAAGUUUACUGAUAAGUGGAGAUUGUCUGCCAACGUUCAGAAGAGUGCCGUCAUGGUUUGCAACGAGAACAAGGAGGAACCAGUAGAACAUAGAUGGAAGUGGGGGAUCGAGGAGAUUGCAGUAGUGGACCAGUACACAUACCUCGGAGUAGAGAUCGCAAAAGACUGCUCGUGGAAUGCACACAUGUCCAAGGUAGCGGAAAAGGGCAAAGCACGAGCAGGGAAGCUGCACCCAAUACUCGCAAACCGGCACCUCGAUACACGCAUCAAAUUGACGGUUUUGAAGAGCGUAAUCGUACCGCCGCUAGAGUACGCCGGAGAAGUAUGGGAAGGAAAUAAGAAGGUAGUGAAAGAACUCGAGGCGGCGCAGAUGAAAGCAGCGAAAAUCAUCCUAGGAUGCUCCACGCGCACAAGUAAUGCAGCCGUGAGGGCAGAAUUGGGGAUCCAAUCCCUACGGUCGGGAAGAGACGCGAGGAAGCUGACCUGGCAGUAUCGCAUGUGCGGGAUGGGAGAGGAGAGGUUGCCGAGAAUUGUAUGGGAGGCGAAGUGGGCAAACAAAAAGAGGGGUAGACAACCCACGGAAUGGGUCAAGGUUGUAGAGGACGUAUGGAAGGGGCUCGACAUCGACGAAGAUGAAACGCUGGAAACGGAGGGUCUACAGGGGUUCAAGGAGAAGAUAUCUGUUGCUUGUGCCGAGAGAGAAGAACAGAAUCUGAGGAAAGAAACCGAGGAUACGGAGGGUCCAGAAGUGACCGGGGACAUAGGCCUUCGAGAACGUCGACGAACAAAUAGGACGGUAGACGACGAAGACGACGNGACCAAUGGAUGCAGGAACAAAGCUUAAGGUCAAAUUCAGGACCGGGGAC